GGCCUCUCUGGUAACCGUCUGUCAGCUCCUCAUCGAUCAAACUAGGACUAAUCUUUCCAUUUAGGUAAAGUUUUUAUGAAUUUUUCUUCAGUUUAGUUUUCUUUACUAUUACCAAGGGGAAUGUUUUUUUUUUUUUUUUCAUUCAAGUUUGACCAGCAAACACGUACUUGAAAAGGUAGUCUUUUAGUUUAACCCUCUCAUUAAGAAGAAUGAGGCCUAAAAUUGUGACGUUCACUACUGGGUUGAUGACUGGAUUUCUCUCCCUUCACUUACUGCUGAACAACAUGGUUUCAAAAGAGCAGGUCUCUGUCUCAGUGGGGAAAGGAAAGCACAGUGUUUAUGCCCAGAAUCUACAAAGAGAACCAAGCAAAAAAAACAACCCUGCAGGAAAUACCCAUAACUCUACAGACAUCUUGUGUUGGAUUAUGACCGGACCCAGGAACCUGGAAUCACGGACCAAGCACAUCAAGGAAACGUGGGGCAAACAUUGCCACAAAAUGCUGUACAUGAGCUCAGUGAAGACAGAUUUCCCCACCGUGGAGCUGAAUGUGAGUGAGGGGAGGGAAAACCUGUACUGGAAGACCAUCAGAGCACUCCAGUACCUCCAUCAGCACCAUUUGGAUGAAGCCAGCUGGUUCCUGAAAGCAGAUGACGACACUUAUGUGGUCGUAGAGAACCUGCGGUACAUCUUAUCCAAACUUGACCCAGAAGAACCGUUGUAUUUAGGUCGGCGCUUUAGCCCUUUCAUCAGUCAAGGCUACAUGAGUGGAGGAGCAGGUUACGUCCUGAGUAAAGAAGCACUGAGGAGAUUUGUAAAAGGUUUUCACACAGGAGACUGUACCCACUUCUCUGAAAUAGAAGACAUGGCUUUGGGUAAAUGUAUGGAGAAAAUGAAGGUGAAGCCAGUAGACACCCGAGACGUGAAGGGCAGGCAAACCUUCCACCCUUAUCCUCUAGACCAUUAUGUUAUACGACAACUACCAAGACGUCGGCCUUGGCAUAUGAUUUAUGACUAUUAUCCUCCAAUUGAGGGUCCGAAUUGCUGCUCUGACCUUGCUGUAUCUUUUCACUACAUUUAUGCCGUUCAGCAGUACGUGUUGGAGUAUUUUACCUACCAUCUGCGACCAUAUGGAUACACAUAUAGAUUUAGGCCUGAUAAAAGUGUGGAAGUGAACAACAAAACUAACAGAGAAGAGUGAGAAGAUAAGUGAAAUGCAAAGGGAUCAAAAGUGGAGACGAAGAGGAGUGGGAAGAAAAGGAGGGGAUGUGGACAAUGUGCAGUACGAUGAAGAGUGGUCUUCAAUGAGGGUGAAGAGGGUUUCAUGAAGAGCGAUAAGCAGAUUGACUGGGAUGAUGCAGAAGAAGAGUUGGGAUGAAAAAGAUAAUCAAGGAGAUGGUAAGCAUGAAUAAAAGAGAAGAAAGUGAAACUGAGAGCAGCCGACAAAGUUUUCUAUUCAAGUGUGCCAAUUCUAAACCUCAUUAUACUUGAGAAUUGGUGACUGGAGGUGUGGUUCAUGACUUAACCUAAGUUAACACCUUAAU